AUGUACGAAGACCUUCGAGGUAAAGUUGUCCUCCUCACCGGGAUUGGCCAAACGGGGGAUCCGACAAUGUGGGGGAAUGGAGCCGCGACGGCCAAGGUCUUCGCCUGUGAAGCAGGGGCCAAAGUCUUUGGUUGUGACUUGCACAUCACCGCUGCCAACCAUACCAAGAAACGUCUCGAGGACGAGGACGGUGGGGGAACCUGCGACGUGAUGGCGGCAGACGUAACCAACGCGGCCCAGGUGAAGGGCUUUGUGCAGGCUUGCAUGGAAAAACACGAUAUGAGUUCCAAGAGCAGUCCCUUGCAGUCCGAAGAUAUUGCUGACAGCACAUUUUGCCUUUGUUUUCUUCUAGGUCGCAUUGAUAUUCUUGUCAACAACGUCGGUCGAUCCGAACCUGGGGGCCCGGCGGAAAUCGAUGAGCCAACGUGGGACAAACAAACGGAUAUUCAUCUGAAGUCGGUGUACCUGACGUGUCAUGAGGUCCUUCCGAUCAUGGAAAAACAAGCCUCUGGGGUCAUUAUCAACAUCUCUUCCGUGGCAGGACUGCGCUAUAUCGGCAAACCCCAGGUUGCAUAUGCCGCGUCAAAGGCAGCCAUCAACCAAUUCACCAAGACCACUGCAGUUCUGUACGCCAGAAAGGGAGUGCGGUUGAACACAGUGGUGCCGGGCCUGAUGCACACGCCGCUAAUUGGCUAUCUUGCGGGAAAGUAUGCAGGUGGAGACUUGCAGGGGCUUAUCGAAAAGAGGAAUCAUCAAGUUCCAAUGGGAAUUAUGGGAGAUGGCUUUGAUGUAGCGAACACUGUAGCCUUCCUAGCGUCAGAGAAGGCCAGAUAUAUUGUCGGACAAAAGAUCGUAGUGGAUGGAGGUAUUACCUCGACCACGCCUUGA